AUGUCUGACGAUGCCGGCCAAGUCUGCGCACCACCGGCUCGCAUCGCCGCUCGUUUCUACCGCGACCCCAAGUCUCGCCAAUACAAAUCCUCGGCCGUUUCGUCCCGACGCAACUCGUUAUCGUCAAUACAAUCACACACCUCGACCCGCUCGCUACGCCGCUCUUCGUCAUGUCAGAGCAACUACAUCGCACAACACCUACGCAGAGCAUCCAUCAUCGAAGCCCGCAAAGCACGCCUCGCCGACCGUGCCGCCCAUGCCGAAAAGGUCCGCCUACGAGCCGCCAUGGCAAAGGCUGCUCCCAGAGGAGAUGCCAGUGCUAGUGAGGAACGAGCACUAGCUGCUCAGAUGGCUCGCGAAAAUCACCUUGCCAAAGUCGCUGCUGCAUGUGCCGAAGAGGUUCAGAGAGCAAAACAAAAGGCACAAGAGAUCAAGACCAAGAAGCUCGAGGAAGAGAAACAGGCUCGCUUGGAUAUGGAGGAGAGAAUGGCAGAUGCAGACAGAAGGAGGGCUGAAUACAAGCGGAAUCUGACCUCUCGUAAAUCGCGACGAGCUAGCGAGCUGGAGAAGAAACUCGAUGAUGUCUCCGAGGUGGACGACGACACGAGCUCAAAGCUGGAUCAAGAGACGGCUGUCCUGAGGAUACAACGAGCGUGGCGUGUGCGACAACGGAGAUUGAUUAUACGGGCCUUCUCAGAAUGCAAUCUCAGCCUGAAAAGCAUUCGCGAACGUUCUUUUGAAGAAGUAGGUGCUUUGCUCUCAGGGACACCCAUAAUUCAAGCCACCACUCGAGUCCUUCGUCUUCUCGCCCUACAAGAUGUCGAGGACACUCCAUCGCCUCAGCCUACCCGCACCUUCCUCAGCGCCUAUCUUGUCAUCGUCCAUCCAGCAGCCGUAUUCAGCCAGAAUGGUGCUCAGGAGCAGCAUCUCAUGGCCACAGCUGGCGAGUUGGUCGAGUCUUUUGAAUCCGCCAUCUCUUUGCUUUCUCCUACAAAUCACUUUGAGUUUCCUUCUUCUAGCCUUCAAGAUCUGUCCCGGGUGUACACGACAUAUCUUUCUGCGUUCGAUGCCUGGAGAGCCCAGGAUUCGUCAGCUCUUGUCGAGACCAUGGUUGCCUCGUUCGUCGAGCUUGAUGCCAUCUGGCAGACAGUCAAAGACGAUACCCAGGGCGCGGUUGCCCAAGACUACCGUCAAGGUAUUCGUGAUAAUCAGGUUAUGCUUCUCAGCAAGAUCCGAAAGCUGGCCGGCCCUGACCGUGCUGAUAUCCUUAUCAAGAAAGCCAUUGGUGAGAGCCGAAGGAGACGCGUUAAGAGGAGAACUCCUGCUGAAGUUCGUCCUCGUGCUGCUGCCGAUGUUGAAGAUUCCGUGACCGAGUCCUCAGAAGCUUUACCUGUUGUGACCGAGAACUUUGUACAAGAGUCAGCACAAAGCGAUGCUGAUUCACAAGACGACGUGAGGACGAACCUUGCUCGUUUGUUCUCGCCUAUGCCGAGCAAUCGUGUUUUGACUCACGAGCUCGCCAUCGACAAAGAUUUCCGCAUCUCCCCGAAUGCUCGUUCGGACAUUCGGGAUGUGAUCAACCGCGAGCUUUGUGAUGGCAUGCGAGCCGGAGUUGAGCAAGGUAUGGGUACUCCGUGGACAGUCGCUAUGGCUCAAGAAAUCAGAGCCAAGCUCGUACACAUCGUGAAACCCGGCAACUCUAUGCACAAUUUCAUUGUCGAAGCUCUGGAUACGGAUCUAAUCUAUCGACAAUGCGAGCAAGGCAUCUUCUCGUACGCCAGUUUCUUCUCUUUCAUGGCUAAUAUCCUGCCCAAAUUAUGCGCACCUUUCCGCGAUGCGCAAGUCAAGGCUCUGGCCGAUGAUCUCGAGUCAAGCGAUGGCGAGGACAUGGGUGCUAUGAUUGAGAAGCUCUUCCGCCUCUUGCACUUUAUCGACUUGCUUUCGCUUGAUUAUUCCAACUUCUUGUUAAUGAAUGCGGCACCCGUCCUCAUUCGAGAAUCUGCUGGAUACGAGUCACGCAUGUUUGCAGCAGAUAUCGCCUCUGGAAAAAUCACGCUGGCCUGUACAAGCCGCUGGUGGCGCAACGCGAGCGGAAACUUGUUGACCGAAGCCGACCGCAGGGAUCCAGAGCAGGUUCGCAAUCCUGCAGAUAGACCUACAGCUCAUCAGAUAUACACCCGCGCAUUGGUCGAUACUACCUUUGGGCAGGGUCCUCUAAGUGUUAACGACAUGCCCGAGACUCUUGCCCUCGAUGUGGAGCGUCUGUGCACCAUUAAGCAGAAGGCUCUGCACAUGACUACGAUUGGCGCCAUCUUGCUGGUGGCUAAGAACAUGCUCAAACGAGACGUACGCAGUUCUUGGAAAGCCGAGGCUUCUCGUCUCUGGGAUCUCCUCAGCAAGGAUCCACCUUCCGAAACUACUUCGGAGGAGGACCUCGCAAACCUGUCCUCUGACGCCUUCAGCGUAGUCGAGAACGCACACAACCUCCCACCCUCCACCAAGACCGCAUUGCAAUCAGCAGUCUCUCGCGUCAUCACCCAAGCCUCCACCCAACGCUUCACCGACCCCGUUGCCAAAGUUUUGGGGUCUAGACUCCGGAGCCAUGUCUUCUCCCGCGUCGUGGCAAAGACUUCGGGUGAGCGGGUUCGAGCUGCAAGUGGUGCGUCUGAGGCAUUGGCGACGGCUGGCUUGCCUGAGUUUGUCACGCAUGUUGGUGAGAUGGUCGAGUUGCUGAGGAAGGUAGCCGAGGUCGAUUGGGCAUCUCAUGCAAUUUGGUAUGAGCAAAUUGCUAGGGAGGUCAGUGGUGCCGGCGAUGCUUGA